CUGCUGUGAAUGACCACCUGUUGUACCGUAACUCUUCUACUAUGGACGCCACUAAUUUCCGUUUGCACGACAUUUACAAAUAAGUUUCUCAAAAAAAAAAAAAAGCAGCGUGAACCUGUUGGCAGACAUUACGGUAAACUUUACGGCAACUGUUCCGGCUUUCUCUGCAAAUUGUUGCACAACGCCUCCCUUCAGUCACAGCCAGUCUGCGGUGGAGAAAGAUCGUCAAACUAAAUCAGGAAAACAUGUCUGUCCUCAACAGAAAGAUCGUCAACACUACAUCAGCCCCGGCUGCCAUCGGUCCGUACAGCCAAUCUGUGGUUGUGGACAGGACAAUGUACAUCUCGGGUCAGCUGGGGAUGGAUGUGGCCUCUGGUCAGCUGGUAGAUGGAGGGGUGACGGCUCAGGCCAAACAGGCUCUCGUCAAUAUGGGGGAGAUCCUUAAAGCUGCUGGCUGUGACUACACCAACGUGGUGAAGACGACAGUGCUGCUCGCUGACAUCAACGACUUCAACAGCGUCAAUGAGGUCUACAAAACAUUUUUCCGCAGUAACUUCCCAGCCAGAGCUGCCUACCAAGUCGCUGCUCUCCCCAGAGGUGGGCUGGUGGAAAUUGAGGCGGUUGCUGUUGUCGGUCCUCUCUCAGACUCCUGACUAGACGGCCACAUCACAAACAAGUUGUAGUCUAAUCAUCACAUAACCAUUUAUAGUUGUACCGUGGAAGCCUUAAUGUAAAGUUUCUCAGUUGGUCAGUGUAGCUGGCUGACUGCACUUCUAAACUAAAGUCAGUAUUAUAACACUUUAGAUUCAAACCCUUAACAAUAGAGCAGCACCUAAUUUACCAGAUAACACAAAACGUAAUGAUAAAGUGUGACUGUAUCUGUACAACCAGUCUAACAUUCCCUGGUCACAUUGGCCAGAUUCAGGGUCAAAUCAACUUCCUCUUUUUUCUUGUUCUGGUUUUUCAUCGUCUGUUUUGCUCCAGAGAAACGUAUUAUUAACACAUUAUAAAAGUGCAGUUCUCCCUAAUAAACCUCUGAUCCCAGACUGGUUAUUUUGCCCUAAAA